AUGUUCAAAAAGUUCAAUCUGGCAUCAUCGCUUGUGGGCCUUUACCUGUUUGUAAAAACUGCAUCUUCAUCUCCAUAUGAAGUGACUGUUUUUGAACAAGAGGAUGUCUCCAUGCUUUCUGAAGAACAGCCAUUAUCUAUUCAUGUCAGUCCUGAAGCACUAUCUCCAGAGGUAGUUGAAAAAUUGGGUACUAGUUCGAAUAUAAUUUUUACCGAUUUACCUAAUAGUCCCCAAUUUGUCAGUAUAAAGGAUUACGAAAGUAUGAUGUUUGCAACCAAUGAAUUAUUGGAUGAACUUUUGCAGCAGAACCGCUCUAAUGAUAAUAAUAAUCAAAUCGAAGAUUCAUUGAAUCAACAGGAUAGGGAAAAUUAUGAAUCGGUGCACAAAAUUUAUGAUGGUACUUUACAUGAAGGUGAUCAACCUGAAGAACACAAAGAACAUGAAGAGGAAAAAGAAGAACCACCAACUGAAAAAUUCACUAGUACAAGCACUAUUAUGGAAACUCAACCAGAACCCACCGUGACUGAAACUGAGUCCACCUGCCACGAAUCCGACUCAUCCUCAACUUAUUCUUCUCCUACGAGUACUUUUGCUGAAUCUACACCUUGUUCGACAUCCACUGAGAUGAGUUCUGAAUGUUCUCAUUGCUCUUCAAUUCAUACUUCAGAGAAGAAUCAUCACAAAACUAGCGCUAAUGUUACAGUUUUUAGGAACAGUACUGAAUCUUCAACUCAUCCAACUUUUACUUCGAAAAGUUUUGGAAAACAUCGCAAUUACACUAAAAUCCAGCAUCCCAAGCUCAACCACACCAACUACACCAAUCAAACUACAAUUGGAUUCCAUAAUGCUUCCAGUUCCAUAAUGCCCACUACGAUGUUCUUCGCAUUUUUAAUCUCCAUUCUGGUAUUUGCACAAAUGUGCUAA